GGGCUCGCCGCCCCCCGCCCGCCGGGCCCGCAGCCUGGGCCACCGGCCGCAGGCGAGGCCCAGGCCGCGGCCGACAUGAACCACCAGCAGCAGCAGCAGCAGCAGAAAGCGGGCGAGCAGCAGCUGAGCGAGCCCGAGGACAUGGAGAUGGAAGCUGGAGAUACAGAUGACCCACCAAGAAUUACUCAAAACCCUGUUAUCAACGGGAAUGUAGCCAUGAGUGAUGGGCACAACAACACGGAGGAAGACAUGGAGGAUGACACGAGUUGGCGCUCCGAGGCAACCUUUCAGUUCACUGUCGAGCGCUUCAGCAGACUGAGUGAGUCGGUCCUUAGCCCUCCGUGUUUUGUGCGAAAUCUGCCAUGGAAGAUUAUGGUGAUGCCACGCUUUUAUCCAGACAGACCACACCAAAAAAGCGUAGGAUUCUUUCUCCAGUGCAAUGCUGAAUCUGAUUCCACGUCGUGGUCUUGUCAUGCACAAGCGGUGCUGAAGAUAAUAAAUUACAGAGAUGAUGAGAAGUCAUUCAGUCGUCGUAUUAGUCAUUUGUUCUUCCAUAAAGAAAAUGAUUGGGGAUUUUCCAAUUUUAUGGCCUGGAGUGAAGUGACUGAUCCUGAGAAAGGAUUUAUAGAUGAUGACAAAGUGACUUUUGAAGUCUUUGUACAGGCAGAUGCUCCCCAUGGAGUUGCGUGGGAUUCAAAGAAGCACACGGGCUAUGUCGGUUUAAAGAAUCAGGGAGCGACUUGUUACAUGAACAGCCUGCUGCAGACUUUAUUUUUCACAAAUCAACUACGAAAGGCCGUGUACAUGAUGCCAACAGAGGGUGAUGAUUCAUCCAAAAGUGUCCCUUUAGCAUUGCAGAGGGUGUUUUAUGAACUACAACACAGCGAUAAGCCCGUAGGAACAAAAAAGCUAACAAAGUCAUUUGGGUGGGAAACUUUAGAUAGCUUCAUGCAACAUGAUGUUCAGGAGCUAUGUCGAGUGUUGCUUGAUAACGUGGAAAAUAAGAUGAAAGGCACGUGUGUAGAAGGCACCAUCCCUAAAUUAUUCAGAGGCAAAAUGGUGUCCUAUAUCCAGUGUAAAGAGGUGGACUAUCGAUCUGAUAGGAGAGAAGACUAUUAUGACAUCCAGCUGAGCAUAAAAGGAAAGAAAAACAUAUUUGAAUCAUUUGUGGAUUAUGUGGCAGUAGAACAACUAGACGGUGACAACAAGUAUGAUGCCGGGGAGCACGGCUUGCAGGAAGCAGAGAAAGGUGUGAAAUUCCUUACAUUGCCACCAGUGUUACAUCUACAACUGAUGAGAUUUAUGUAUGACCCUCAGACGGACCAAAACAUCAAGAUCAAUGAUAGGUUUGAAUUCCCCGAACAGUUACCGCUUGAUGAAUUUUUGCAAAAAACAGAUCCUAAGGACCCUGCAAAUUAUAUUCUUCACGCAGUCCUGGUUCACAGUGGAGAUAAUCAUGGUGGACAUUAUGUGGUUUAUCUGAACCCCAAAGGGGAUGGGAAAUGGUGUAAAUUUGACGAUGACGUGGUGUCAAGGUGUACGAAAGAAGAAGCAAUCGAGCACAAUUAUGGGGGCCAUGACGACGACCUCUCCGUCCGGCACUGCACGAACGCAUACAUGUUGGUUUAUAUCAGGGAGUCCAAGCUGAGUGAGGUGUUACAAGCUGUCACCGACCAUGACAUUCCUCAGCAGCUGGUAGAACGAUUACAAGAAGAGAAAAGGAUCGAAGCCCAGAAGAGGAAGGAGCGGCAGGAAGCCCAUCUUUACAUGCAAGUGCAGAUAGUUGCAGAGGACCAGUUUUGUGGCCACCAAGGAAAUGAUAUGUAUGAUGAAGAAAAAGUCAAGUACACUGUGUUCAAAGUGCUGAAAAACUCCUCGCUUGCUGAGUUCGUCCAGAACCUCUCCCAGACCAUGGGAUUUCCACAAGAUCAAAUUCGAUUAUGGCCCAUGCAAGCGAGGAGCAAUGGAACCAAACGACCGGCGAUGUUAGAUAAUGAGGCCGAUGGCAACAAAACAAUGAUUGAACUCAGUGAUAAUGAAAACCCUUGGACAAUAUUCCUGGAAACAGUUGAUCCGGAGCUGGCCGCUACUGGAGCAACGUUACCCAAGUUUGAUAAAGAUCAUGAUGUGAUGUUGUUUUUGAAGAUGUAUGAUCCCAAAACACGGAGCUUGAACUACUGUGGGCACAUCUACACGCCAAUAUCCUGUAAAAUACGUGACUUGCUCCCAGUUAUGUGUGACAGAGCAGGAUUUAUCCAAGAUACUAGCCUUAUCCUCUAUGAGGAAGUUAAACCGAAUUUAACGGAAAGAAUUCAGGACUAUGACGUGUCUCUUGAUAAAGCCCUGGAUGAGCUAAUGGAUGGUGAUAUUAUAGUGUUUCAGAAGGAUGACCCUGAGAAUGAUAACAGUGAAUUACCCACCGCAAAAGAAUAUUUCAGAGACCUCUAUCACCGUGUUGAUGUCAUUUUCUGUGAUAAGACAAUCCCUAAUGAUCCUGGAUUUGUGGUCACGUUAUCAAAUAGAAUGAAUUAUUUUCAGGUUGCAAAGACAGUUGCACAGAGACUCAACACCGACCCAAUGCUGCUCCAGUUUUUCAAAUCUCAAGGUUAUAGGGAUGGCCCAGGUAACCCUCUUAGACAUAAUUAUGAAGGUACUUUAAGAGAUCUUCUACAAUUCUUCAAGCCUAGACAACCUAAGAAACUUUACUAUCAGCAGCUGAAGAUGAAAAUCACAGACUUUGAAAACAGGCGAAGUUUUAAGUGUAUAUGGUUAAACAGCCAGUUUAGGGAAGAGGAAAUAACACUAUAUCCAGACAAGCACGGGUGUGUCCGGGACCUGUUAGAAGAAUGUAAAAAGGCUGUAGAGCUUGGGGAGAAGGCAUCAGGGAAACUUAGGCUGCUAGAAAUUGUAAGCUACAAAAUUAUUGGUGUGCACCAAGAAGACGAGCUAUUAGAAUGUUUAUCUCCUGCAACGAGUAGAACGUUUCGAAUAGAGUGUCCCCAGGAAAUCCCUUUGGACCAGGUAGACAUAGAUAAGGAAAAUGAGAUGCUGAUCACAGUGGCACAUUUCCAUAAGGAGGUGUUCGGGACGUUUGGAAUCCCUUUUUUGCUGAGGAUACACCAGGGCGAGCAUUUCAGAGAAGUCAUGAAGCGGAUUCAGAGCCUGCUAGACAUCCAGGAGAAGGAGUUUGAGAAGUUUAAAUUUGCCAUUGUGAUGAUGGGCCGGCACCAAUACAUAAAUGAAGAUGAGUACGAAGUAAACUUGAAAGACUUUGAACCUCAGCCUGGUAAGAGCCCUCCCACUGCUUUCCUUCCGUGUGGGGGAGGUCCAGCUGGCCAGCGGUAACAUGUCUCACCCGCGGCCGUGGCUAGGGCUCGACCACUUCAACAAAGCCCCAAAGAGAAGUCGCUACACUUACCUUGAAAAGGCCAUUAAAAUCCAUAACUGACUUCUUCACCCAUGCAUGCAAGGCGAGGACGGCGUGUGGGUGUGCCCCUUUAACAGCGAGGACUCUGGCACACGUGCACUUUAGCGAGUCUUCAGAGGAGGAUUUGCUGCUGGUGUUCAUUUUAUUUUGUUGAGGCAGUUCAGUUUGGCUUCUCUGUAUCUAUUGACUGCCCUUUUUGAGCAAAAUGAAGGUGUUUUUAUAAAGCUUGGAUGCCAAUGAGAGUUAUUUUAUGGUAACCACAUGCAAGGCAACUGUCAGCAUUCGGGGAGAAGAGGUUAGUGGGACGCGUGACGCUGGCAGGAGGUCUCUAGUCUGUCUAGUUGGCAGAAGCUGCCUGGCUGCCUGCUGGGGGUCCCGGCCUCCACCCGCAGCCAGGAAGUCGUAUGUUUAGGCUUGUCUGACGUAUUUCCUUCAGUUAUAUUUCAAUGGCCUUUUGUGCAUCUGUAAAGGCAAAACAGAGAAACUCACAAGCUAAUAAAUAGCACUCUUUCCUUCACUGCGUGUCCUGUCGCCCCUUCCUCAGUCCUCUCCCAGCCGCCUGGGUCUUUCCAUAAACUGUCUCACUUCCGUCAGCCACUGCUGCUCUGCAGCUCAUUGCAGAGUGGGAGCACGGAGCAGUCUGACAGCCGUCCUGGGGUCUUUUAUUAAAUGGAAAGCACUGUUAAUUACAAUUAAGGUGUAUAAGCUGCCUGUCGGCAGACUGAUCUCGCAUUCAUGUGAGCAGGUGAAAGAUUAUACAUAGAAUUUCCUUAAAACACAACAGAUGAACAAGAGAGCCUUUUAGCAAAGAGGGCAUGCUCACUAGUGGUAGUAAGCUGUUGACUUUGUAUAAAAGUUAAAAGAAAAAAAAAACAGGAAAAAUGAAAUUGUAUAUUUAAUGAAUGAACAUGUACAAUUUACUGCUGGGAGGAGGUGACUUUUUUGUUGGGUGAAUCUACAGGUGACUCACUGAUGUUGAUAUUCAUUGUGUGUAGUUUAUUUCAGUCCCGACCUUUUAUUUUGGAGCUAAAUGCCAGCUGCGUGUCUAGUUUUGAGUGCAGUAAAAUAGAAUCAGCAGAUCACACUUUUUUUUUCAUUCUUUUCCAGUAUUUUUUGUUUGUUUCUGUAGCAGCGGUGUACACCAACUCUUCCUGUAUAUUGCCUUUUUGCUGGAAAAUGUUGUAUGUUGAAUAAAAUUUUCUAUAAAAAUGAUAA